GGUAAACACACAGAAGCUAUGCCAACGAUUUAGUCUCAUCUUAUGAUAAUAAUUGUUGCGAGUGUUACGAAAAAUUUGAACAAAAGUUAUAAACAUUUAAUAGCAAACCGUUAAAGAGAAGUACACGUAUAAAAUCGGAGCAAAUGUUAUAUUUAGUACUUUCCGUAUAAGGGAUGCAAAAAGUCUUGUGUUUGAGUAGAGAACUGAUAAUAAGCUAUAUUUGGAGACAAAGAAUAUUCUGUGCAGACAUGCGUUAACUUUAUUUUAAAAACUUUUCACACAAAGUGUUACACAUUUCUGAGUCCACUUUUGUUUUGCCGUAAAGUCCUGUCUCUCAUCUAAAUUCAUUAAAACAUAUCUUAAAGUCUUAAUAUAAAUCAAAUCAACUGAAAAAUGGGCGAAGGCGAAGGUUCAAAGAAGGCAAAGACCGGGUCUAAGAAGAGAGCGGCCCGAACCACAUCCAAUGUGUUUGCCAUGUUUACCCCCCAUCAGGUCCAGGAGUUUAAAGAGGCUUUCCAAAUGAUAGAUCAGGACAAGGAUGGCUUCAUCUCAAAGAAUGACAUCAGAGCCACUUUUGACUCACUCGGCCGUCUGUGCACUGACGCAGAGCUGGAGUCAAUGAUCCAGGAGGCCCCGGGUCCUAUCAAUUUCACAAUGUUUCUCACUGUGUUUAGCGAUAGGACUCAAGGUACGGAUGAGGAGGACGUGAUAUUGAAUGCAUUCGCUCAAUACGAUGAGGGAGAAGGCCUUUGCAGAGAAGAGACUUUAAGGCACGCUUUGGUCACUUGGGGUGAGAAGUUCAGCGAGUCUGAGGCCGAAAAGAUCUUAGCGGAGGCGCCGAUGGAUCGUAAGGGCAAUAUUGACAUCAAAAAGUUCGCUCAUAUUCUGACGCGAGGAGAAGAGGACGAGGGGACGGCUGCCUAAAGCACUGCCCAAACCUCCAUAAACUCAUUGGAGCCACAAUUCAAACGAGACAUUAAAGCAAACAUAACAUCUUUUUAGAGACUUUUCAAUUUUGUUGCACUUCUGAACAGAUUUGCGCUCCAAUUAACU